GUCAGAUCCAGCUGAAUGGAAAAUAAAUUCAUGUACUAUUGAUUACAUAUGUAAAAAUGGAUUUAGCCAAAAUUUAGAUUCUAGUUUUAGUCAAUCCAAACGAAUUUACCAGUCAGUUCGUAGAGGUUCAUUCAGAAAUAUCAACCGUUAUGUAAAUAAAAGUUUUUUUGAAACAGUUUUAGUCAAUGGUAAGAAAUGUCCAAGAAAAUAUCUAGUUUAUUCACAAUCUAAGGGUUCAGUUUUUUGUGUUCCUUGCUAUUUAUUUAAUAAUACUUCUGCAUUUUCAAAAAAUGGUUUCUCGGAUUGGAAAAGGCCAAAAUCAAUAGACAAACAUGAAAAUUCACUUUCACACAAAACAUGUGUGGUAAAAAUGAAAAAUAGAUCUUCUGAAUUGAACAAUGUUAAUGAAGUGCUUACAUUUCAAUUAGAAACAGAAAAAAUAUAUUGGAAAAAUGUGCUCACAAGAGUUUGUGCUGUUGUCAAAUCGUUAUCUAGUCGAGGUUUACCUUUUAGAGGUGACAAUGAGAAUAUUGGUUCGCUGCACAAUGGAAAUUUUUUGAUGUGCCUUGAAAUGAUCGCAGAAUUUGAUCCUUUUUUGGCUAAUCAUUUGGCAAACUAUGGUAAUCCUGGGAAAGGUUAUACUUCUUACUUGUCUCAUUCAACAUAUGAACAAUUUAUCAAGUUAAUGGCGACUAAGGUUCAAAAUCAAAUAGUUGAAGAAGUCAUUAAUGCGCAAUAUUUCUCCAUUGUUAUAGAUUCAACUCCAGAUAUUGCACAUGUUGAUCAACUAUCUUUUAUACUAAG